AUGACAGAUGGGUAUUUGCAGUCCGAUCUGCUGGUUCUGCGGGACACCCUUGCGGCUCUCGAGGCUCAUCAAACUUACAGUCAACAAAAGCCGCGGCAUUUCCUUCUAGGCAGCGUUGGCUCGCGGCUCCGGCUACUUCUUGCCAAGUUUCUCCUUUCCUUGCUUUUCAAACAUUCCUUUGAAAUUUUUCUAAUCCUCAAAAAAUUUUUAAGACAGCCUUUCCAAAAACUUUUUCCAUUCUGAGAGAGGCCAAAUUGAAAAAAAAACUUGUACUUUUUUUGAAAUCAUUGCAGAAUUCAGCUACCUCUACUUCCUCGAAAAGCUUUUUUAAAGUAAGCAAUAACCUUCUAAAAAAUUUUCGCAUGCAGCCAAAUGAAUAGAGAAUACUAGGCAAGUGAAAAUUUUGAAUCACAGCAGUAAUUUUUUAUUAUAAAACAUUCCGCACGAAGCCGGUAUUCCAAUUUUUUGAAAAAAAAAACGAAUGGAAUAUCCUAAUCUGAGAAUUUACUCAUUCCCCUGCAGAUCUAAAUAAUGAUACUUAUUGUAAAAAUCCGGCUACUAAUUGUUUACUUUGUCAAUAAAAAUCGUCCUCAUUAAAAAGUUUCUUUCGUUGAUUAAAGGGCAGCAUUUGUUCUCGGAAAUUGAAUAAGCCCUGAAAAAAAAUUUGCACCUGAUUUGCAUACGUCUCCGCCCGUCAAAACCUGCCUUUUCAGUUUUCUCAGACUUUUACUCUAUCACCAUUCCACAAAAAUUUUCUCUAGUGGCAGCGUUUCUGGAAUUUACCGCGAAAUGUCCUCAAACGCAGUAUGGCUCCAAAAGGUCCAUUAAAGCUUCUCGGUGACAAAUGGAAAUUUGGUCGGAAUCCCAUUUUCGGGAGCUCUCGAUAGCGCUUUUUUAUGGCGGCAGCUUUUAACGACUGUUAAUGAUGUGCUGAAAACCUAUGGGUGCACUUUGUAUGACAAACAAGGCUUUCCAGAUUUUUUCGUUCUUUUUCUUAUACUUCAUUUUUUCUAUGAUGAAACUUGGAAAUGAACAAUUUUAAGUGAAGUGCUUUGAAUUUUUGAAAGCUAACAAAUCGCACAAGUAAUGGCUCAAAAAGGGAGUGCUCCAAAACGAAAAUCUUGAACAGGAGUCUUCAAAAACUGAUUGGGAUUAUGCGUUUGAUGGUCGUUUGAGAAUUUCAUGCAAUUUUGUGAAAAGGUAGUUUAAAAACCCUGUUACCAACCUGAAAAAAAUUCGAAGGGCCUAAGCUUUCCGCUUUAUGAAAUUGAUUCGUAAAUUCUUGAUAACUUAAAAGAGGCAUAUCUCGACCACAACUGAGAUAAUAUAAUUUUUUAUCUCGAAUCAAGGUUAUUCCUCUGUGUAUCUUGUACGUUUUUGUUUGAGUGAGAUAUAUCAGUGAGAGAAUAAAUAAUCGGCUCUUAAAUGAUUCUCACUAGGGAACUACUCGGACUGGGGUACGCGGAUCGAGUUCAAACUUUCGUCGUUUAUAGACCUAAGUGAGAAUACUUGAAAACAAGAGAGAAUAUCUGCUAAACCCAAUAGAGAACCGAGAAAAAAUUAGUAGAAAAUGUUAUAAUUAGGCUUGAAAAUUUUCAGAAUACUGCUUUUUACCUUUUUUCAUAUUUUAAUACACUCGCCUUGGAGGAUCCGGCUAUGAUACACUCUAAAAACUUUUUUCCAGUCAAAAGAAGGAGAAAAGCAGAAAUUUGAUAAUUUUCAAGCCUAAAUUGUUCAUUUUCAAAAAGCUUUUUCUCAGAAGCCUAUGGGGUUUCGCAGAUAAUCUCUCUUGUUUCUAAGUACUCUUACCCGGGUCUAUGAGCCACAAAAGUUUCAACUCGAAACGGGUACCCGAGUCCGAGUAGUUCCUUAGUUAGCUGAAUUUUUUAGCAAACCUUCGUUUUCUUUUUUUGAUGAAAACACCAACAUCCCAACAACUUCCAUGUGAAUUUAAUUAAUUAAAAUAAAACAUCACGCUUAAAUUAGUUUAAUGAUUCAGUUCUAUAAUUUACUCGACGAUUUCAAACUGGAGUUCAAAAAUUAAAAAUUUCAUUGUAGAAGUUAAACUUAAAACUAUAGUUCCUGGAAACAAAGGCAGCCAAUAUGUUGCCGAUGUGCUCUCAAUUGCAUGGAAGUCCAAGCGAUCCGUGAAGGUACUCUCUCACCUGAUAGGCGGCGAAGUAGUGAAACUUGUGCUCAGGGCGACAUGCAAUUUGUCCACUGUUUAUUCCAAGCAGACGGCAAGGGUGCGCGGCCCGCGAAGAGCACGUUGCGACGAAAUAAAAGGAGAAAAAAAAGUGAAGAAUGCAAGUAAGGCGACGUCCUCGCAACCUCAUAUUUCCUUUUUGGUCUUCUACUCUUCAGUCUCCAUCAAGCCCCGCAAAAGUUGAACAAGAUUUUCGAUAAGAGUUACAUUUUCUUUGGGUUUAUGAAAUCAGUUGCUGGUUUAUUGAGAAAUUUGAUAACAUCGAAAACUUUUAUGGUAUCGUUUUUCUUUCAAGUUAUGGUUUGAAUUUACGAACGUUUUUGCUAAUUCGGAAAGAUUCGAAAGAGAAACGAAUUGCGAAAAAAAGCGUAAAUCUCUUUGCAGUUCUUUUUGUAUCAGCUAUUAGAAAACGAAAUUAUUCAUCUAAAAAUCGUGAAAAACAAAAAGUGUACUUGACUGAAUUUUAUUAUUUAUUUUUGAAAAGAAGUAUUUGUAAUGAAUUAAAAAGCAGCUUUUUUAGAAGCAGAUUCAUAAAUAAAAAAAUUCUCUAAGUUCAAUCUUGCAAAAACAAUGAAGGAUCCAUGAAAAAAACGGUUUCUUUUUGAUUAAACAAAUAAUUUGAGCGAAAAAAAUUUAUGAGCAGUAUUCAUCUAACAAAAAAACAAUUUUGAGGUAAUUCCUCGGUUUAUCUCGCCGUUUCUGCAUUUCACGCCGUUCAUGUGUCGCACGACCUUGGCGUUUCGACCUGAAAGAUCUAUUUCCUAUUUUGACUCGGAGCGAUCUCUUUUUUGUCGCUUCUCUCACUGAUCUUCAAAUCGCAACAUGUGUUUCUUUUUUCCCUAAGAAACCUGAUGAACCAUCAGAAAAAAAAAAUAGAUUUUCGAAUCUGCGUUAAUAUGUAUAGUUAAUCCUUCACAAUAAAGAAAAACAACAAGUCUACUUUCCUCUUCAGUUCACAGUUCUAUUGAGGAAAUUUGGCUCCCAGCGUCUGAUCAAAAAAGUCUUCAAAUUUGUUCCCCCGAUAUAUUGGUUAAAUUUUCUCGUGAACGUUUUUUUUUUCUCACGAUUGUCCUUUCUUCGGCACAAUUUUCUUCUUUGCGUCCUUUCAUUGGUUUUGUUUCAUUCGGAUUUCUUUCCCAUCUCAAGAGGUUUGCCUAUUUUCGCAGUAUUAUAAAAUCUUUACAGAUGCUUUCCAUUUUUUUAUAAAAUAUCAAAGACAUGUUACAAAAAUAUUUAUAAAUCGCAAAACUGUGGGUCAAUUUUUUAAUGUUUGUGAUCAUUUGGCUCACGAAAACUAAAGAAAACAAAAAAACAGUUUUUGGAAACUUUGUGGCUAAUGUAUUUUUGGAAAUGCGAUCUUCAAUCGCCACUUCUUAUAAAUCUGUCUUAUCUGGUUUUUUUCACUCAGUGACACUCUCGUGUUUGCCUCGUCAUUUCCUUGUUCUAUUCUUUUCUCAUUUUUCGAAUUUGAACGGUUUCGGUCUAUGAAUAACCAUGUUAAAUUAAAUGGGCAAUCUUAACUUUUCCAAAAAAAAUUCAAAAAAAAUGGUUAUUUUUGUACUGAAAAAUAGCUAAAACGUCACAAAGGCUUUCUUUUUCUUCAGACUUGACAUGAUCCAUCGCGCAAUUAAUCGAAGAUCUUUCGAAUCAUGAUGGAGAAAGUGAAUGUUGACAUCCGCUGCCUUUUGAAUUGUGCGAGUUUUGUCCGUAGGAGACAGUUUGGAGCCUCUGAAUCAUAAGGACAAUGCCGAAAUUUGCAUGCGCAAUGUGUCUAAACGAUCCGGCCACGCCCCCACCGGCGCAGAAUUUAUCUUUCGCUCUUUCGAUUUUUACGUCCAGACCAUUGUGCUUUCUCAAUCUGCCUCUUGUAAAUUUUGUAUUUUUUGUUCAAUUUAAUUUUUCCACUUUUUUUUUUCCACCAGUAGGAAAAAUCGUGAAUAAAAAUGUGAAAACAGCUACUUUGAAUGAAAAAUGACAAACUCAAAACACUUUAGACUGGUCCAUUCAUAUAAUAAUCAAUUUUGUUUUCCUGAAAAGUGUUUUUUUUUCAAUUUGCGUGACUCAUUAAGUGAUUUUCUCCGUGAGAAAGUCCUCACUGGAAAUGUUUCAAUUGCAGGGCAAUGAACGGCAAGAAAGAACGAGAGCGGCAAUUUCUGGUGGACCCGGAAGAUCCCGAGUACAUAAAAGAUCUGCAGCGACCCGCCGUCAUCAAGGUUACAUUUCUAGGCUUGCAUUUGACAGCUUCUCUGUUUUGCCAGAAAUGAAGAUAAUCCAAGUUGGGACGUUUUUCAGGAAGACCUAUCGGAGAUGGAGAGACGCAAACGAGUUCAAGAGAUAUUGAAGUCGCACUCUUUUUGCAAGGAGCUCGAAGGCGUCAUUCGCCAGGAUUUCGACAGCUCUCGCUCUGAUCCAGACCACCUUCAGACUUGGCAACGGCUAUCUGAACUCACUGUUUCGCAGGGAAACAUGUCUCUUGGCAAUCUUUACUCUUCUGGUGAGCAGUCAAUUAUUUUAACCUCUUGUGAGUUCAUGCGUAUGGCAAAUGAAUGACAAACAAAUUGAAAGACAUUUUUCCGUUAUUUUUCUUUUAACCACAUCUUUUCUGGACCUUUGACGUCUUAAAAAUAAUCACGUUUGCCUUUUAAGAAAAACAGUUAAAAUCUUCAUACAAAUAUUUUGAAUAGUUUUUCGAUGUUUUUUGUCAUUUUUCCUUCUAAUCAAUUUUAUUAUUACCACAUCGAAACAUUUUUACAACAUUUGGAUUAAGUCUUUCUUUAAACAAAUUUAUUUUCGUAAACAAAGCCAAAAACCUUCUCUUCAUUCAAGUAACAAAUACAUUUCAAAUCGAAGAGAGUUUUUGCGGUAUUUGUAUCAAUAUCUUGUAAGACCAUCAAAAGCUCUUUCCUUGUUAAUUUUUAUUCAAAAAUUUUCUCCACUUACGGAAAUUUUUAUCUACGCUUGGAGAUAUUGAAAACAUUCACGAAUGGCUGUGAAAAUUAUUUUUUCAAGCGCGGUUAGCUGUAGUUCUAACAGAAGCAAAUGCUCCUCUCUCGAGCAAAUUUAUGGCUUGAUGUGACGUCGAUCUCGUGUUUAUUGUUAUUUUGGGCGGCGACCUGUCUCAUUAGAGCAAUAUACGCACGGUGAAAUGUGCUCCCAGCGGGAAAUUGCGACAUGAGCAACUCAAACCCUCUAUUUACGAGAAAUUUUUUAGGAAGUACUAUUCCUAUCGCGGAUCUUCGAGGCAAUGAAAAAUACACGAAACUUGAAAGAAUGCAGAGGAACAAACUUGCAUCGCUGUUCCGGCUUGCCGAUUUUUCCCAGUGGUCACAAGGAAUUUACAACGACAUCACAGUGCGUUUUAUCUGCUGAUAAACUUGUAAUUAAAAAAAAAAUCCAAAAGUUUUGAAGUUAACAAAACGUUCGCUUUAAUUUAUUAGGUUCUCUGAAUCUCUGGAAAUUCGCUUUAUUAUCAAAACUUUUACAGUUUCAAAUGGCUGAGGAGAAUCCAGAAUAUCUAGUGAAUCCAUUCGGUUUGCUUUACCACGAAAUAACAGCUGGUGCCCUUGUGAAAGUCGACGAGACAGGAAACGUCCUUGAUCCAGGAACUACAAAACUAGGAAUAAAUAGCGUAAGUGCCAAUUUCAAUGACCAACAGUAUCAAGGAAGAUUUGUAGACGGCUUUCCGGUUGCACGCCGCAAUCCAUAAAGCAAGACCCGACGCGAAAUGUGUGCUUCACAUGCACACGGCCGUCGUCGCCGCCGUGGCCAGCAUGAAGUGCGGACUCCUGCCGAUUUGCCACGAAGCCAUGGUCAUCGGUCCUGUCGCCUAUCACGAGUAUUUGGUUAGUCAUUCACGACUGUUUUCUGCUUGAAGUGAGAAUUCAAACUUGCUUUAUCAACUUAAAUUUCACAGGCUGAUUCAAAAUUUAAAAAUGCCGAAAACGCCUUUGAAAACGUUUCAAAACGAAUAACACGCCUAAACAAUUCAAACUGUGACGCUUGAAAAUUCAUUAGACUAAAAAACAAAAAGUCAAAUUUAAGUACCAAGCUUUUUUUAUGGCAGGCUUGUUUAAAUUGAAGAAGAAACAAAAAAUGUAUUCUUUUUCGGGAUUUCGAAAAAAGCCAACAAAAGGUAAUAUCUGCUCUAUGGCAGUCCAUCUAAGAGUAGACAAACAACGGCCAAUUAGCAUAACACACACGAAUUGGUCAAAAGCCGGGCGCAGCAGCAAAUUCAUCACUGACAUGGCCGCCGCCGUUCUUUGCAUAAUCAGCGCGUCGUCGGCGCUUUAUUGUCGACAAUGAAUGGAUUUUAGGAAAUUGGAGACGAUGACUCUGCCGUCGAAGAAGUCGUGAGGAGCCUUGGCGACAAGAAUGUGAGACUUCUUUUUCAGUUUUCAUGAGAAAAAAAGAAACAUUGAAGUUUUCUUAGCCCUAGAUUGGAGAUUUUCUCAUACUCCAGAAUAGUGAAAAAGCUUUGGACUGUAAUUAAAUUUGAAAGUUCGACGCUUCUAAUUCAUUUUAUUUUUCAAUUUUGAAGCAAACCUUCACUUUCAGGUGAUGCUUCUGAGAAACCACGGGUUUUUGGUGAUUGGCGAUACUGUCGAACAUGCUACAUAUCUAGCUCAUAACACGGUGGUCGCCUGUGAAACUCAGGUUCUUCUUAAUUUUUUUAUAUCCUUCUCUUCUAAAAGUCAGGUCACGGUCUCUUGACAUAUCAUCGAUGAAUUUUAAUUUAUUCUUUUUUAAAGCGUUUGCGCCUUUGAAGCUCAAAAGCUAGAAAUGGAGACGGAGAGAGGCAAUAAAAAAAGUUUCUCGUAAAUUUUUUUCCAAUUGGUUUAAUUACGCGUACUUAUGUCUUUGUAUUUGUAUGGUAACUUUUUUUAUUGAUAAAAAAACUUUCUGUAAAAAAAUAAGAAUGAAAAAGUUUAUGAUUCAAUAUUCCGAUGGUUCAACCUGAAACUUCAACUGAUUCUAGGUUCGCGCUGCUAGAGCCGGAAUCGAAAACUUGGUCAUUCUUGAUCAAAAUGCCAUUGCAAGGGCACAUCGUGAUGCGAAAAAUGGUAAGAUAACUGUUUGAGCCAAAAUGACUCAAUAAAAAGUUUUUUCAGCCAAUUCCGGAUCACUCAAGAGACUUUCAAGCAGUGGCAUGCAAUGGAAAGUUGGAGAGUUAGAAUGGGAGGCUUGGAUGCGAGUCAUGGAUCAUGCGGUAAGGACAUAAUGAAUUUUUGGAAUUUCUGAUGGUUUUUUCAUGAUAGGCAGGGUUAGAUUCAUAUCUUUAAAGGACUCCAAACAGAAAAAAUAUUCAAUUAACUAUACCAUAACUAUCGUGCUUGAAUUCAUUGCGAUUUUCGAUGAAGUGAAAUCCAAGGUACCUGAUAUUUUAAUUAUCAAGAAAAGAAAAUUUCGAAAAUCGUGUUAAUCGCUAUUUCGUCAGAACUGAGAAAUCAAGUGUUCAAAAAAAUACAGCCUUACUUUGAGCCCGAGAUCUCAACUGUACUUUGUCAAGGGUAUGCGAACCGGCCACAUUUAUCGCCAACCUAUGCUCCGGCCAAAGUCAGCUCUUGCUCAAUCGAAUACUAACAGGAGCGAUGUGGCUACACCUCCAGCAGCAAGUUCUGUCGGAGCGGUUGUUUUUUGGCUCUAUUCCAAUUUAAUACAAAGUUUCAGGUAGACGAGUCUGAUCCCGAAAGCCUGGCAGCGCACAAAUUAGCGCUACUGAGGAAAGAUCAAGUCCGUUGGACGAACAGCCCCAACGCAUAUCAAAAAAUAGAAUUCUUAGAGAGCGGAACAGACCGACCGAAGAAGAUUACCAAGGUUGUUUAUUCAGCCAACAGAGAGCCUAUUCAUUUUAAGUUACUUCAAGUUUGAUGAAACCAAUCGCUCUGAAGGUUUGAGAAAAGACCAUAAAACAAACUUAAAUAUCUGAAAAGUUGAUUUAUUCAUCUAUUGGUUUAUCAAACUUCAAGGAAUCAUGUCCAUAAUUUUGAAUUUUCAAUGAUGUUGGAAUUGAGAGAAAAGUAGUAAAUUCCAAUUUUGAGCAGACAUGGCAGUUUUUUUCAACCAAUCAUUGAGCGCCGAUUUUAUUGAAAAGAAAAAUCAAAAUGUUCUUUUCAGUGGGUCCAAGACGCGAAUUCUCCUUCCGCUAGCGGAACACCAACAAAAAUCAACGGAGCUCAUCAGUUUAGCCCAGCUUCUCACAAUCCAAAAGAGUUCAAGGAGAAACAGAAAGAAAUCAAAGUAUGAAACGUUGAAGAACAUUAGAACAAAGAUUUUAAAGGAGAUCAGACGACUUGGAGCAACAACUGCAGGACCUCAAAGCCAAAUACUAGACGGCGUGAAUUAUGACGACAUUGCAAUCACUGUCAGAGUGGUACUUUCAGAGUUAUUUUCCACACAAAGAAAAUGAAAUUUGCAGCCAGACAGCGAAGGUCUCGUAGGACAGAGCUCCCCUCAAGAUCGUGCCAUUUUCAUCGGAACCGCUAGUAAAGGGAUCAUUGAUAGACAGUUCCAGCACAACGCACAAGUCUACAAGCAACUGUAUGCUCCUAACCCCUUUUCCGUUGAGACAGACGAGAACAUCAAGAAAUACAUACAGGAGGUCAUAGAAUGCUUUAAGAAAAAAAGGAAAGAAAAAUUUUCAGGUCGAAUCGAAGUCGCCAAAAGCGAAGACACCAACCGACCGAACGGCAAGAUCUGCAAGGACUGAAAACUCUUUCGACGCUGAUGCUGGUUUGUUUGGCUUUAAGUUGAAACUUGGAAUUUCAACAGAUUUGGCAGACACGGCUUCUCUGAUGCAGGGAAUCCGCGAACAUCAGAUGUCAGCCAAGAGCGGAUCUGCGGACCCGAUCGCCGAUUCUUCUUUCGCCUCAACCAAAUCCAACGGUAAGUCUUGUUUGAAAAAGUUGUUCUUUGAAACAGGUAAUUUUCGGAAAAAAAAAGAUUAAAAUCGCUAAAUGCUCCUUUUGAAGUAAAUUUUGAAUCAUCAAUCAAACAUUUUCUGCGUGGUAUUUGAACUUUUGGAAGCUCAAAAUUCGAAGAAGAAAAACGCCUGAUUUUUAUGAAAUUUUUUUCAUCAAAAUUCCAACUUUGUUCUUUCGCUUUUCUAGUGUGAUUAUUGUGUCGUUUCUUUUUUAUGGACUAUUUUCCGCGUUUCAGCGCCAAGCAGCACCGGAGUACCCCGUUCUCCCGAAGUUCAAGGUAAGAUCAAUAAUUUGAGUUCUAUUUAACAUGCAGACGUGUGCUUUGGGAACUCCUCUGGUUGAUGGUUUCUUUCUAAAUUUUAUGUGAAUCGAAAAAAAAACUUCGAAGAAAAACUUACAAUGAAGGUCCUUCUUUUUUUUUUGAAUCUUUCGUGAAAUUGUAUUUUUUUUUUUCACAAAACAAAUAAAAUUUUGAAAGUGAUUAAUACACAAACAUUGAUCCCUUGAUGAAAAUCGCUUACUAUAUCAAGAAAGCAGGGUUUUUGAAUUUUAAAAGGAGUUGUUCGUUUUCAAAAUUACAUUUGCAUCAACACGGGCUUCUAUCAAUUUCUGAAAUGUGUCAUGGAAAAAAGGGAAAAGAAUGACCUUCCUUGUGAGUCAGUUUUUCUGAACUAAUCAGAACUCUAAGCCUCCAAUAAUAUUUGACCGCACUUCCCCAUUAUUUGGAAAUGAGAAAUUCGGAAGAGUGAAUAAGUAUUUUUUUUGAGUCAUCAGUUCAAAAGUUACAAUGUUCAUCGCAUUCAAAGAUUCACUUUUGCUCUUUUAGUGUAUUUUGAGUUAUUUUCGCAAUCUUCCGAAUUUUCAUUCAAAACGAAUACUUUUGCUUGGCUUGUGCUUGCAUCUGCACCAAAGAAGAUCAUCAACGAAACCUUGCUAAUGCUCUUUAUUGUGUGGUGUGUAGAGCCAUCGUCAAAAGAAGUCGUCAGGCGCCGAUUCACUGUCGAACGUGUUUCUAUUGAUAAUGAUCCGUUCGACCAGAAUGGUUGGUUUUAUGGUUUUCUUACACUUCGUUUACCAAAAGCUUGCUGAACCUAAAUUUUACGAAAUCGAGUUUAGUUCAUAAAUUCAGAACUUUAUUGAAUUUGAAAAAAAGACUAUGGAAUUUAGAAACAAAAAAAAGUCUUGCUUGUAAAAAUUUUUUUCUAUCGAUGAGAGAAUGUGCUUCUGAAGUAAUUUUCUAGAUUUUUGUUUUCCUUAUUAAUGGCCAAGGAGAGUUCAUCCACCUCCGGCUCGAACAAGAUUUAUUGAAAGUUUUUCCCAAGAUUAGCAAGACUGACUGCAAAAAAAAAUUAUUUCUGUCUACUUUUUUUGCCCCGAGCAAGUGAGUAAUAAAAAAUAGAAACUUUGAAAAAUCAUUAGCUUUGCAAAACUUUUCAAUCAUUUUAUAAGAAUUUCAAAGUUUGAAUGAAGCGAAUUCAUUAUUUCGCACUGAUAAAUAACUCAGAAAACUUUUCAAAUGAGAUGUGAGAAGAAUAAUUCAAAAAAUGGUAAGAACACAAGCAUUUUCCAUAAAACAGCAAGUGGAUGGUGAACGUUGUUCUACUUUCAGUAAAUAAAAUUAUAGAUAAAUCAAAACUUGAUCGUUGUUGAGUGAUGAUAAGAAAAGUGAUUUCUGUGAAGGCAUGAUUUGAAGUGAUUUUGUUCUCCCUGUUUUGGUUGUUUCUGUUUCGUGGAAUAUAAUUUUUCGGGAAUGUUGAAAAACGCUUUACUUUUUUUCCUAUUUCUCCUUCAAAAGUACAUGAAUCAAUCGUCAUAAAUCAACUUUUGAUUGAAUUUCUAUUUUGAAAAAAAUAGAUAGAUUUAUUGAAAAUUUCAAUUUUUUUCUUAGCUGCAGAUAAAUUAUCCGAAAUCAUGAUGGGAUUUCAGGUAAUUCAGCCUCGCAUUCCGCAUUGAACACUGUGGACGAGGUAAUAUUUCCAUUUGAAACUGGAACUCAACCAGCUUUCUUUCAGACAACGAGCGCUGAGAAGCAGAAGAAAAAGAAAAAAGGAUUCUUCUCAUUCAUCCGGAAAAAGGACAAGUCGUCCUAG